AUGCAGCAUUGUACUGGCAAAGUAAGUAAAAAAGUUAUUUAUUUUGUCUCGAGCAUAAGGUAAAGAAAAUGUCAAAGUCGUACAUAGGAUUCAAACUUCAAACCUUUGUGUUUUGCAGUCUAUUACUCUACUACAGAGUUACGAAAAAUUUCUUUCGAACUAGGCCAUACACUAGGUUCAUUUGCGACAAACAUCCAACAUAAUGCUAGGAUUAGAAAUGGUCAUGUGUGUUGAUAGAUAAAGAAGAAUGGUAAACUUUUGAGGUAUUUUAUUUUGUUGAAAUGAUUUAGUGUCCUUCUCUAAUUGUAGCCAUCAUGUGGAUCAGAGUAAGGACAAUGGAUGGCCAAAAAGACACACGUGUUAGGGGUUUGAGCAAACUUACCAAAAUUGAAGACCUUAGGAUCAAGCUUGAAGAAGCUUUUGAUGUACCACCCAGUAAACAAAGACUAUUCUUUAAAGGAAAACAGGUAAUAAAUUAUCAAUUUGAAACUCACUCCUUGUAAUUAAAGCAAUUAUUUUGCCAGCCAUUUUAUGACAUUAGGGCGACAGAAAGUAUGUGUAUGUCCUUCAAGCUGGGCUUUUUAUGUAACAAACUUUUAAAGGAAAUGUGUGAUAAAUAGAACUCUCAGGUAAUGCAUGGGAAUAUAUUUUGAAACCUAUAAAAAGAAAUGAUAAGGGAAAAAUAAAUCCCUCUGAUAACUCUUCAACAAAUUCUAUAGAACUUGAACUCCUGUGUAUUUGAACAAAAUUGGAUUACCUUUGGAUUACCUUUGGAUUUAACCCUUUUUUUAAGUCAUUCACUAUCAGUUUACUUGAAGUCAGCUAACUUGAACCUUCUGUCAACUUGAAGUAAUUUUGUUUUUCCUGGCCUCAAAUUUACCCUAAAUACUCAAAUUUUUAAAUCAAAAUGACUGAGGAUUAACGUCAAAGUAUCGGAAAAUAGCUGAUUGACACAUCCCGCUCUUUAAUCACGAUUGAUGCAAGCAUAAUAAAAUUUACAAAAAAUAAUAGUUGCUGAGAAAAUCAAGAGAAAAUGGCAGAGGCAGCAAACUACUUAUUAAAUUAUUUUUCAAAGAAGCAUCUGCUGCUGAGGGCAUGGAAGAAACAGACACUAAAUAAGUUUUUUUCAAAUGAGCGAAAUGUCGCCAGUUUUAUUGUUCACCAUGCAUAAUCACCUCUCAGUUUCAGUUUUGUCGUAUAUGUGAUGUUUACUACUUUAUGUAGGCAAGCCAAGUGUUCAACAAACAUGGAUAGUACUGUAUUUUUCAGUCACUCCCCAUGGAACAGUAGAAUUACUCUUGAGUGCGUUCGUGUAUUUAUAGCAAUUUAAUUAGUUGUUUACGGUAUCUUUGUUGAAAAAUUAAGAUGUCCUUAACUACUGUGCUGGAUCUUAGCCUCUUAUUCCCAAAAUAUAUAGGGCAAAAUAUCCCUAACUAGUUCUUAUCUGAAAGCAAAUAAACUAAAUGUUUCAAAAUGACUGUUGACUGUGCAAGAGUGGUAAAAUGAUGAUACCUUGAUAAAAAGAAAAUUGAAAUUCAACACCGACCCUGAUAACUUGAACCCCGCUAACUCAAACGUAUUUUCUGUUUCCAUAGGGAGUUAGAGUUAGAGUUAGUGGGUUCUAAUGUAACACAAGCAGAUUUUUUAUUUAUUUCUUAUUCUUUAAGGCUUAGGAAAGUACUCUGUAACUGAGAGAAAUUUCCACCCCUAUAUUUCAUGAAAAGCCGUGGAGUGAGGUGUACAUUUUAAUUUGCAUACUGUUGGUUCCGGUAGUCUUACUUAAUAUUCACUGACCUGAGAUAUACAUGAAUUUACCGUUGUAUCUCUGCACAAAGUCUGGGAACAAUUGGAGGAUACAAAUGCAACUAUAAGUUCUUUAGAUAUUAGUUUGAACAACAAGCCACAUUUCAUUUUGUGCUGUAUUCUGGUAAUAAGUUUUUUAUAAUCAUUAAACAUCAGGUUGGAUUUGGAUCUCCGCCAAGUUAUUGAUUUAUUAGUGAGAUGUUGAAAAAGAAAGACUACAAUAAUAUGAGGGCUGAUUUUCAUGGAAGAUUCACUCAUGAUUUAAGAGAACUUAAGCAGUGUGCGUACUCGCUGCCAUGGUUAACUACAAUAUUGUAUUCCAACAUGUCAGCUACACUCUAUAAAGUUGACAAAUGCUCUUUUAGCAACCCUUUCAUCUCAGGUGUGAAAAAACCAAAUUUCUCCCCUAAAUGUUAAUACACUUUCAAGCAGAAGAGUGAUGAGAAGUAAGAAAAAUAUUAACUCUGGAAUGCUGGUUGAUUUAUUACUAGAUUCCUUGGGGGUACAGUCAUAAGAAAUGUAUGGCAGACAGAGCAGAGGAUUGAUAUUUAAAUUUUUGGAGCGGAAGGUUGAUAAUGACUAAUAUGUUCAUAUAUAUCCAUGUUUAUUAUUCCACAAAUAUGCCAUUUUACCAGAUUAAGCACUGGAACAAACAAAUUCUGCUGCGUUAUUACUCCGUUGUUAAGGGCAGUGGUAUGGAUGGAAAUGGGCACUAGGUUUGCUCAUUGCUCACUGCUUUGUUUUUCCUUACCCAGACAAAUACCUUGCAACUUGCAAAAUACAUGUAUCCAUGCAUGUUAUGAGUUAAACCAUUGAAUAAGGUGUAUUUAUUGCCUUUUGCACUGGUGUUGUACAAAACAACUGCUUCAAAGUACAAGGUCCAAAUUCUUUCAAUCUGUUUGUGGAUGUGAAAUUUGAGAAAGUGAUAAUCAAAGACAUAUUGCACUUCCAUCUUUGUCUAAGUGACAGAUGACUAGGAAACUCCCAAGUGAUGCAUGACACUUGGAUAGUGAAAGAUAAAUUAAGGUCUGAAAUGUUUUUUUUUUUUUUAAUUUGAAUUAAAAAAAAAUUUUCCUAAACAUUCAGGGUUUUAAAAGCAAAUGAUGUAUUUUUUUAUUUUACAAUCAAGGUCGGAAUCAUUUAUAUUUUUAUUUUAAUAACUCACAUGGUGCUGAUCACUGCCAUUUACAGGACACUGGAGCCAAGAUUACCAUUCGGUUUUCUGUAGCUAAGAAGUAGAGAAAAGGUGCAAUCUGGAGCUCCAGAGUUCAAUAGACCUCUUUGGAUUGUAGUUUUUGUUAGGUCAUGUGAUGAUUAACUCUAGACAACUGUUUCUUUCAAUUUCCAUGAUUUAUGAAAGAUUAAGUUGGGAAUUCCCAUGAGACCUGAUAUAGAUAAACAAAAGGUACAAGCUAAAGAGGUUUAUUUCUGCAGAUUUGCUUUUUUCCUGUGCUUUUGAUGAAACAAGUAACAUCUUUCUUUACAUGAAGAAUAAGCCCACAAUUCUCCAUCUUUCUUAUUUGAUAUGAACUUUGCUCCUUUGGAUGGUUAAUCCCCUUGGUGUAUUGAACACCAAUCAAGCUCCCACAGGUACUCUUUGUAUGUAAAAAUGAAACACUCUUUAUCUUUUAGUUGAAACUUGUGUGGUUAAAAUAAAAUGUGUAGCCCUGGUUGUGAAUGAUACGCAGUGCAAUGAAUUGUUCUGAUACAUGUGUAAAUCAAGUAAUCUAUUUAAUUAAUGCUUCUUUAUUCUCUUGUUACUAUAGCUUGAAGAUGGUCACACGUUGUUUGACUAUAAUGUGGGACUUGAUGAGAUCGUUCAGUUAAUGAUAAGAACAAUUGCUCCACCCAGUGACAAAAACAAUAAUAGAAAGCAAACCCAAGAUGAAACUGAACAAUCAGUCAAUAAAGAAGAUGACGAGUCUGCCAUGCAUGUCAAUGGUCAUGUUUCAGAUGAGGACCAGGUGCAGUAAUGAUUCUUAUCAAUCAUUCAGUCCAUUAAGGUUAUAUUUUUAUAGUGUGAAGCUAACACAAAUCAGAUGAGGUGUAAUUUUUGUUUCAUUGGUAACAGUCAGGUCUUAGAAAAAUUACAUUGAAGAUGUUUUGAGGCUAUAGGGUCUAACAAAUAUCUCUGUAGACAUUUGACUAUAUGUUGGUGGUUUUUUAUGUGCUAAUAAGGAGUUAGAGGAGGACAAGAAUCAACCAAGUACUUCAGAGGAAAAGGUUCCUCAAAGCCUCUACAAGGUUUGUUGUUUCAUAAACUAUAUAUCUUUUAAUGAACAAACAUUGGCUGAAUUAGGUCUUUUGUAAAUAUUUCUAAAACUUGAAAGCAUUAUUUCGUGAAGAGGGGUUAUUAUGGGUACCAAAUCAUCUUAAUUGGACUUAAAUCAAUAUGUUUUUUUUGUAAAAUAAUUAUUAUAACUUGAGGUGUAGAAUAUGUAGAACAAUGACAUGAAACAAUUAUCACUCAGAUAGGUGAAAUGAUAGAUGGAAAGGAUCCUAAGAUGGGUGCAUGGUUUGAGGCCAAGAUUGUGGACAUUUCUCUGGCAGAUGAAAAUAACCCAAGUUCCAUUCUGUACCAUGUGGUUUUUGAUGGGUAUGUGAAACUUUUAUAGUAUACUUUAAGUCAAACUAGGGAGAUAAAAGAUGUGAAUGAAGCCAAAAGACUUUUGACAAGGGAGAUGAAUUAUAGGAAUAUUUGAGAAAUUAUUUAAGACUGUAUUGUAAAGCGUAUUAAAAACAGUCACAACACAUUUGUAUGAAAAUAGAAACAGAAAUAGAGGAAAAGUGGUGGAUUAGGUCAUAAAAAGUUGUGGAAUUCUGUUGGUGUAAAAAUGCUCUGACCUAGGUUUAAGUAAUAGUUUGUUCAUAAAAAUGAAUUCAGCCUGAAAUUAAAAUACCUUCCUCCUAUACAACCCUUACACCCCUUACUGCAAAAUGUUUCUCAGGUCACCGUUUUGUUAUUCUUAUAGUUCUGAGGAAGAUGAGAUGACUAAGCUUCAUGAGAAUUCUAUUAGACCCAUUGCUAGAACUGCCCUUCCUUGGGAACAGGUAAAUCAGCACUUUGUUUAAUGAGAAGCAAGGAUUAUUAUCAUGAUCUUGUCACCUUUUGCUUGGUUGCUAUGCCUUACAACAAUUGGAUUAGCCAUGCCAUUUCUCACUUUUAAGAAUAAAAAUCAGCAUUAAUGAUUUCGAAUGACGUUUGGAUGACUUGUUCAUCAUUUUCAAAUUAUAAAAGACAGAUUCCUAGUUGUUCUCCACAUACCAAGAAUGUUUGUCAAAGUCUCACUGCAUGUGGAAUGUAGAGAGUGAUUAUUAAGUACUAAAUAGUUUUUCUUUAAUUGAGUCAAAUGGAGUGUUCCCAGGUAAAAAUAUAAGGUGGGAUCCCGCCAAUCCCACCUGGGAUCCCAGGUGUGUCCCGGGUGGGAUCCCGCCUUUUUCAGGUGGGAUCCCGGGUGGGAUUAUGGAACAUCCCGCAUGGGAUCCCACCUGGGAUUAUGGAACAUCCCGCAUGGGAUCCCACCUGGGAUUAUGGAACAUCCCGCAUGGGAUCCCACCUGGGAUUAUGGAACAUCCCACAUGGGAUCCCACCUGGGAUUAUGGAACAUCCCGCAUGGGAUCCCACCUGGGAUUAUGGAACAUCCCGCAUGGGAUCCCACAUGGGAUUAUGGAACAUCCCGCAUGGGAUCCCACCUGGGAUUAUGGAACAUCCUGCAUGGGAUCCCACCUGGGAUUAUGGAACAUCCCCCAUGGGAUCCCACAUGGGAUCCCGCCAAUUGAAGUUGGGAUCCCACCUUAAAUUCCUAAUAGCAUCCCACCUGGGAAAGCCUAUCCUGGGCAGGAUUAAACCUAGAAUCCCACCAAUCCCUCUUGGGAUCCUGCCUCAAAUUUCAGAUAGUUUCCCACCUGGGAAAUCAUAUCGCAGGUGGGAUUGCAUCUGGGAUCCUGCCAAUCCCAGUUUAGACCCUGCAUAAAAUUACAGAUGGCUUCCCACUUUCAGAAAAAUCCUUUGAGGGAUCCUGUUUAUCACUGGAGACCACAGAUUUAUAAAAUGUACCAGAUAGGAUAUCUUAUCAAUUCCUUUUGUAACCUAAUCCGUAAAAUUAAGAGGAUAAAUAUUUUUUAGGUGAGCUAUAGACCCCAUCAAUCCACUGAGGGUCCAAAACUUUCCAACAAGCUAUAGAACAUACUGACACCUCCAAUGGGAUCCCAUUGUCUUACCAAGCUGUUGAUCAUAAAUGAUUCAAACAGUACAUGAAUACACAGACUAUAUGUGAUAAAGAUCUCAUAAUUUAUUUGCAAUGAACCAGCAUGUGUUUGAUAUGUUUCAUUAACAAAUUUCUUAACCGAACAUUGUUAAAUAAUAACAGCACAACUCAGCAUAUUACUUUUUCUUCAUCAUUUAAGCAGACCAUCUACAGUGUAAUAAGGCUCCACGUUUAAAAAAAUUGGCUGAUGUGUAUCAAAGAAUAGAAGAAAGACAAAACCUCAAUAAUUCAUGUUAUCAAAAUUUUGACAAAGGUACUGAUUGAAAGUCUGCUCUCUCUUCAGUCGAAUUGUUCAAAGCAAAGCAAGGUCAGAAUGUUCCCAAAUGUGACUAAAGUAAUCUUGAAACCUUACUCAUAGAUUUAUUUCAUUGUAAAGUGUAAGCUUAGGAAACUGCAGCAUGCAAGUGACCAAUUCGAUUCUCAGAAUUAUUUGAGUUUCAGUUGCGCUGAGCGUUAGGUAAGCUUAAUCCAAGCCGUUAUAUCUAUUCUUUGAUAAGAUUUUGAUCACGUAACGAAUAUGGCAAUUUGUACUCACCACAAACUUCUAAAACUCCUAGCUUUAAAUGGCCACUCGAUCGUUGUUUGAACCACUGAGUCGAUAUGUCAACUGUUAAUUGUCCCUUCUUUUAAUUCCACGGCACCAACGACUUUCUUUUCAUUUAAAACACUCACGCUGUUCUCGUUUUCCCAUUGAACCACAAUAAAACUCAUCUUUAGAAGUGUUAUAUUACGCAAAACAAUUGAGAAAAGAAACAACUUCAAGCAAGAGCGGUUAACCGAUGAAAAGUACAUUCAAAGAUGAGCGCCAAAUGGAGUUUUCUUUGUUUCCGAUCAUGGGUAUGUUCACGUGAACCUUUUAGCAAAGAGAAUCCGCUGGCUUGACCCAUUGCAGUCUCAAGAGAAGCGCGCAACAUUAUUCUGUCCGGUUCUCCUCUCAUGUUUUGAUGAUGACAUAAAUAAUGAUGUGAAUUCACUCUAUGUAGAAAUAAUCGACAAGAAUCAAACAAGAAUGCACGAUUUGUGGCUGAAAGUUUUCGAGGAAAGAAAGACUCGAAACCCACUUGAGUUAUGUUCACGGCGAAGGUGAGAAACAACACAAGCCAAUCACAUUAGGAAGUAUAAGAGAUACCUAAAUGAUCCCAGUGUACCAGUACCCAAAUCAACAAGGCUUGACCACAACAAGCGUUCAGCAACACGUUCCAACACAGCUAGCCAUCUUGAUUCCUCAGUCGGUCUUUCCACUGAACUAGCAGUGGUGCCAACAGAGUCAAGUGCGUCUCAUAACGGAGAAAACAUUUGCACGAGAGACCAUUUGCACCAAAAAUAUAAAGAAGUAAUAUUUUUUAGGAGGUCCAGUGAUUGGGACAUUUAAGAAAUUAAGUAAUGAAAAGAAACUCGGUUUGUACUUCUCACUACUAACAAGGCUUGUUUUAAAAAUAUUUUCAGAUCAGAGUUUCAAAUAAAGCAAAUUGAAGAAGUCAUUUAAAAGGUGUAUUUUCUCGAAGGGAACAGUGACCACCUCUGUCUUGUCCACAUGCUAAAUAUUUGCGGAGUGUGUGGAUGAUCCAUAAGUAUUGGAACUCUCACAAAAAUGUUUUGUAAGAAUAAAAACAGCAAAACAAUAUUUUCGUGGGUGGGAUAAAGAAUCCCAGGUGGGAUAUGUAAAUCCCGACCAGGAUCCCGGGUAGAAUGCAUAAGUCCCACCUAAGAUCCCGGGUGGGAUGUAGGAAUCCCGCAUUAAAUGCGGGAUCCCAGUUGGGAUCAAAUUUUCAUCCCAGGUGGGAAAGGUGGGAUCCCACCACCUAGGGCGGGAUCCCGCCAUUCCCACCUGGGAUCCUGGGUGGGAUUGCCGGGAUCCCGCCUAUAUCCCGCCUGACAUUUUACCUGGGUUCAGUUUAGGUUUCUUUUCUUGGAUAAAGAGCAUUUCAUGAAUUAAGCAUUCAGAUUUCCAACAACAUUUCUCAAGGAUGGUGAAUUGCUGGUGUAGAUCUUUGUUCCUCUGAUUGUAGGCAUCUCUCAGAUGUUUUCCAAUAGCUGAGUGUUUGUGUUCAUUAAUGUGUUGCAACAAUUUCAAACAGUCAAUGUUUACUGGAUUGAAUUAGUUGGGUACCAAAUCUGACUGGACAAUUAGAGCUUCUGCACAAUUUCAAUCCUAAUGGAUGGUAUUGAAAUCUGUAUAGGGCUUUUUUGAUAUUCUUAUUUGUUGCUUUGCAAGUUUGCGAUAUGCAUUAUUUUGGAAGCCAUUGCAGGAGAUCAAUUUUGAAAAAGGGAAAUACCUCUCACUGUUUUUAUUUUUGGUAUCUUGAUGCAUGAAGUUUCAUACCAAAUUAAUUUCUUACAAAAGACGCAUUUGUGUAAAAAGGAAGUAGGUUUUUAAGUUUUAAAAUUGUUGCUGACAAUAAUAACAUCUUUAUUUAAGGAGGGUAACACAUAACAGUAACUAGUGGCCCUAGAUCCUAAAAGUACCAUAAUCAGAGUGAAAAUAUAUAAAAUGUAUGUAAAAUGAAUUCAAGGAUUAUAAAACAGGUCCAUAAGAACGCAAGCUAAAAACCAUAUAAAGUAAAAUAUGCCGCUUGGGUCAGGUUAAAAUAAAAUAUGCCGCUUGCGUUGCCUUGGUUUUGCAAUUGAAACAAGGGCAAGCAAGAUUUAAUUUACUAUCACAUUUGAACUAAAAUGUUCUACUUCAUCGUGUCUCAUUAGAAAAUGUCUGUAAAAGGCCUUUCUGAAAGAAGCAACUGUUGUCGUCUCUUUUUUUACGUUAGUAGCUAGCUGGUUCUACAGCCUUGUCGCAGAUAUGCUAAAGGUCCUCUCCCUUGGUUUCACCAUUGAAACGAGGGCAGAGAGAUUUAAUUUACCAUAGCAACAGUUCGUGAGUGUAGGUCUGCAUUAAAUUUAAGUAUAUCGUACAUAUAUGAAGGACAGCUUCCUAGUAAAUACUUAAAAACUAAAACACACUUAUUUCACUUGACUUGAUCAUUAAAAGGGGGCCACUCUAAUUUUUUAAAACGUUUCACGUUGUUCGACCUUGUAUCAGCUUCCAAGAAAACUCGGGCAGCACGUUUUUGAAGCUUGAAGACUCUCAUUAUGUUAUCACUUGAACAGUUUGACCAAACAGUUGAUCCAUGAAACAUUAGCUGUUUAAACCUUUGGGUGACCACGUAGAACUGGAAAUGCUGAUGUUCAUAGAAACACAAAUGUAUCUUGGAAGCUGGCUUGCAAUUUCAAUUUCAAGCUUAUUUUAAGAAACUUAAAAGAGGCUGAAGCACCCCAAAGAAGAACUUUUUAAUGGUUCCUGUUUGGAUGUAGAGAAGAUUACCACAAGCCCUUAUCCAUUUUGGUGACAUUUUUUCAGUUGCCUUUCCUUGUUGAAUUUCUUAAAAUUCUUUUACUUAAAGCCAAGCUUCUGUUUGACUUUAACCUAAGUGCUCUUCCCCUUUUUAUCUUUCCCCAUUCACAGUCUAAUUUUGUAAGUGACACAUAGCAAAUAUCACCUUGCAUAACUGAAAUCAGGAGAUGGUUACGUGAUUGAAAUUCAAGAAUCAGGAUGUUCUGCCGUAAAAAAAACACUUUGAGGGUCGUUUGCGGUGACUUGUUGUAAUUGGCUGUUCACACUUUGGCAGCGAAAGAAUUCAAUUUUAGACUAAAUUUUUGUAAAAAAAAAUUGUUUCAACGUUUUGGAAAACAUGUUCUUGGAUGCUGUGGUUAACAUAGUAAUACCUAGUUUGACACAAAAGAGAAAAAAAAUUAAAAAAAAAUUGGUCUUUGAAGGCUAUUGUACCCUUAAGUUGCAUUUAUGACAUGAAAAAUUUAGAGAUCAGUAUGAUUAAAUAUAAAAUUCUCAAAUAAAUUACUAGCGAAGAUUGGUGUCAAACCAAAGGGGGCUAGGAUCUACUUGAAUACAGAACACAGUAGAUUAGCAGAUGUUGUAGACUGUACUGAGCCUAUUCUCUUCUAUUUUGCCAAGACAUGGCUGAAACUGUUCAGCAGUUAAAAAGGUAUUUCUACAGGCAGUGGAAUAUGAAUGUGUGCAGAGUACAAUCUCACUCACACCUACAACAGUGACAUGCACUCAAAAUAUGUUAGAUUAAAAGUUAUUUGAAUAGAAUAGAUAAAUAGGCUUAAAAAAUUAUUUAUGGAAAAAGUAUAGAUUCUGUGAGCAUAGCCCUAUCAACAAUGCCUAAUUGUUAUUCUUAUGGUCUGUUUAUUUUUCCUUCAAGAUCUCAGUGGGACAGCAUGUAAUGGCAAAUUACAACCAUGAUGAACCAGACGAGAGAGGUUACUGGUAUGAUUUCAAAAUCACAAAAAAGGUACAAUGAUUAAAUGUUUGCAAAAAAUAACAAAAUCUUACAGAGUUGGCUAGGGUUGAUUAUCAGGGUAAUUUGUUAUUAAGGUGUCAUAUCUUUUUGUAUAAACUGUGUGCUAAGUUACUGCCUUAACAUUUGUAUUUUACAGCUGGAUGGUUUUACAAGAAAAAGUAGAGAGCUUUAUGCCAGAUUGUUGUUAGGGUAAAAAAACUAUUUUAUUGUUUUCAUUGUUUUCAUUAGUUGUUUGUGGAUGUUUUGUUCAGGGUUGUAGAUAAGAGCUGGUAGCCGGCGUACUUCGCCGGCUUUUCUGCAAGGUUUUGCAGGCUACUUUCAUUGUUUUGAGAGCCCGUACAGAGAUGAUGUUUAUUGGGUCUAAACUUGGGCUUCAUAAAAAUAUAGAUUUGCACUGCCUAUCUUUUCUGAAAACAUAAAAAGACUUCUGACUCAAGGUUAGUUUAAAAAUGUUUUGAUGGGGACUGUCUUUUUGACAUAUUUUGAUGUGGUGGCAGGAAAGUAUGACCGAUAUGAAGUUUUGUCUGCAAUAUUGGAUUUCGAGACCCACAACUGUUUACCUUUAAAAGGCUCUGGCUACUUAAAACCUUAAAGAAAACCCUGUUGUUUUGUAACAAGUUUGUUUAACAAAGAAAUGUCAUGAUACAGAUGAGAAAAUUUUUUGCAUUCUUUGUUGUGAAAUGCCAAGGAAUUUAAAUUUUUUAAAUUUUUAUUUGAUUAAAACAAGAGCAAGAUGUUUUUUACAACUAGAUAUUUAAUUAAUUGCAUUAACAUUUUUAAUUAUAUAUAGUAGAGUCUUUACAGUUUUCUUAUUGUAUUUAUAUAUAUAUUUAUAUAUAUUAGUAAUUCAGCCUAUGGCUGCUAUGUUUUUAGUUAAUAAAACUAUCUAUUUAUAUAUCUAUCUAUCUAUCUAUCUAAUAACCAAGAUUUCAUUACGUUUAAUAAAACAACAGAGACACUACAGAGACACUUUUUUUCAAGUGAUUUUAGAAUAUUAAGGAAUAUCAAACUUUGCUUUCUGUAUCAUUAUUUGUGUUAAAAAAAGUUGUUUUUCUGUAAAGCAUUUUGGAAGUGAAAUACUCUGGUGGAAAAGAAAUUUUGAAAAGUAGAAGGUGGUGUGAAAAGUUAGCAUCAAGCUUAGUAUAUUUGUGGAUAGUCAAGUAUUGAAAUAGCUAUGGUACUAUAUGUAUGUAUCUCUAAACCUAUUUCACCUCUUGUUCUAAGAAAUAGCACAGAAGACACAGUUGCAGAAGAGUGCAAAAUUAAAUUCAUAGACAAAGAAAUAUUCCAGAUUGAAGGUCCUCCAGGUACAGUGAAGAGCCUUGAGUAUGUUUCGAACUGUUUCAUCAAUUUUGUUUUGAAGCAAGCACCCUGUCUGAAGCAGAUAGUGGCCAAAGUCCUUAUUUUGUAUUCCCUUACUUUUUUAUUUAUUAUAUAUGUUUAGUGGAUACAGACACUGAAAUUGGGUCCUUAAGAGGUUUUAUCACAGAAUGUUGUAUUCUUUGUGGAAACUGUGCAGUCUCAAAAUUUAUUUUAGUUCCUUAAAUGUUGUACUUUGUUUUAGAGGGAAAUGUGUUUUGAAAUAUGCAUGUUGAAGCACAAAUCACAAUAAUUGAGACUCAUUAAUCGGCACACCAUACAACAAAGUUUAUUCAAGAAGAAGGAGGCUCAAAGAAAUUAAAAGCAAUCUUUUUUUUUUAUAUACAGAUCCAUGUAGGUCAGGGGAAUCUAUAAGUUCGUCCAGCAGUAGAUCUUCACCAGCCAAAAGUAUGCACAUAAAAUGUACAAAUAGACAUUAUUCUUAAUAAGAACACAAGGUACUAAACAAUUUUAGAACCAGGUCAGCACAUAAAUUAAAUCAAGUGUUGUUGUGUUUAUUUUGUUUGAGCAAUAUGAACAAGAAAGAGCCAUAGCAAAAAAAUCUUUAAGAUAUUUAUAUGUCAGUAGCUGGAAGAAUGAAUCAUUUUGUGUUACCAACUAUUUCAGCCCUCUCACUUUUAAAAUGUGACUUUAUUAUACAUGUAGCUCUCCCUUUCCUUAGCUAUAUGUUUUCUUAUGAGAAUUUAGUGUUGCAUCAGGGACUAAUAAUUUUUUCUUUGUCCCAUGCUUUUGACAAAACGAAACAAAAAUUGUCUCUUUUUUUUAACCCUAGAUGUGUUUGUUUUCUCUUUUCCCCCACUGGCUUGAUAAUGUAUCAAUAUUUUAAGGAUAAGUAAUCACUGUUUUGAGUUGAAGCAUUACACAUUGUCAAGUGUGCUAUGUUAGUUUUACCUCAUUGCUAAUCGUGCUGAAUGUUAUAAAGGACAAGUGAAGCCUGACUGCAGCUACUGUAAAGAUGACCCAAAGAAAUUGUGCAAACAUUGUAAUUGCCAUAAGGUAGAAUAAAAUUUAUUAUAAGUUAUGAGAGUUGCAAUAUACUUUAAAUUAGUUUCUCAAAUCAGAAUAAAAUUGAGCUUGUAUUAAAUUUAAACUGCUUGUUUCCCCUUCAUGUAACAGUUUGUGUAAAAAUUGCUUGGGUGCUUCCAACAGCACCCAGAUUUGGAGACCUUGGGUAUGGUGUUUUUCCUUUUUUGUUGUUUUUGUUUUUUUCAAUACUGAAAUCACACAUUGGAACCCUAAAUGAAAGGUGAAUGCUCCUGUUUUUUCAUGGAGGGAAAAUAAUAAGGGGUCACUUUUAAUUGUUGAUUGUGGUCUCUCUGUUACAGUGUGGUGGAAAAGAAAACCCUGGUGACCAACUCCUUUGUGAUGAAUGUGACUUAGCAUAUCACAUCUAUUGUUUGUCUCCACCUUUGGAAAAAAUCCCUGAAGAUGAUGAAUGGUAUGCCUCUCAUUUUCUGUUGCUGAUAUCUUGAUGUUACUGUUUAUUUUGCAGUAUUGGAAAUUUUGAUGAAAUGGAAACUAUUAUCAUCAACUUGGUUCUAAUAUUGUUUUCAGGUAUUGCCCCCUGUGUAAAAAUGAUACAUCACAGGUAAGAUGGUGCUAAAGUUUUUGGAUUGUAAUAAAAUCACAGGUUCAACGAUGUGUGCCUUUUGAAUAUCAGUUGUGCUUGUAUUCUAAAACACUCCAAAACUGGACUUGAAUGAGAUGGACCUGUAGAGAUUAAUCAGAAGAUCUGUUUCCAUGAUGUGUUGUGUUGGAAUUUUUGUUUAAUUGCCUGUCAUGACAAGAUUGUAUUUGACUUUGCUUUUGACAAGUUUUUGUCCAGAGUUUAGUUGAGUUGAGUUUUUGAAGAAAUUAGAGUAUUGAGUCUCCUCAAAGAGAGAAGGAAAGUGAUUUGGGUAAGGAAAUUCUUCUACUUCAAUCCCAAUAAACCAUGAUCUUCAAAUGUCAUCCUCAUUUUAUUUGUUACCUUGAUUUUGUGUCUGGUAGGUCAUUCAUGCUGGAGAGAAGUUGAGAGAAAGCAAGAAGAAAAUGAAGAUGGCUUCUUCAAACUCAACUACAAACAGAGAUUGGGGAAAGGUCAGCAUUGAAUUCUUGAUCUGUACCUUUGUUUUGCAAGUGGGCCAGAUUUAGUAAAGACCUUCAGGUCACUAUUUUAUCAACUAUUUGAUUGUAUAGGCAUUUGCUCUAGGGUAAUGUGUAGGGUUCAAGGUUCAAGAUAAAAUGGAAAAAACUCAGAAAUUAAUUUGUAUUUGCAUUAGGUACCAGUGCAAUUGAGCUUUUGGUUUCUUUGUUUGAACAGAGUUGAUUUGAAGUAGCAUUAAAUGAAAGUUUUAAUGAUAUUAAAGUGUCUAAAUAAUCUGUGAUGCUCAGAGCAAGUUUUUGUAUAGGCUAUAUUAUCUUACUGGUAUUUUUAAACAAAAGUAACUAAAUGAACCAAAAUUGAGCACAUUUUCUCUUGACAAAGCGGUAUACAUUGUCAUUAUUUGAUGAACAUUUUUCCUCGUGUUCAUCGACUAAGAGCCCAUUAUCUAAUAAAUAAAUUGUCGUGCUUCGUGAUAGACAACUGCCCACAGAUAAUGAUGAGCUCCUGUGUAACACCAUCGUACUGUGUUUUUCUGUUAAAAAAAGUAGUUUUCUCAUUUGUUGCUGUUCUCAUAUUCAUGAUAGAUAAUGGUAAAUUGUCUCCCUGAGUUGUAAGAAAGUAUUUCUUGAAAAAAUGUGUAGAAUAAUAUGCUUGGUGAUCAAAUGAUGGAAAAAAAUUAUUUUACUGGGCUAUUGCAAAGUCUUACGAUUUCUUGGUGGCAAGUAGAUUAAUUAUUUGGGAGCCAGUGAUGAAUUAAAGUACUCUAUUUUUAAGUUUAUCAACCGCUAAUUAUUUGUAGGGUAUGGCUUGUGUUGGGCGGACUAAGAUUUGUUCCAUUGUGCCUCCAAACCACUUUGGACCAAUCCCUGGAGUUCCUGUAGGAUCUUGUUGGAAGUUCAGAGUUCAGGUUUGAGUUCUUUCUUAAGCAUUGUAUUGGUAUUAUCUGGAGUGAAGGAGAAAAAUUCUCUAAAAACUUCUUCCAUUUUUAAAGCUAAAACACAGAAUUUAUUUUUUGCUGCUUUUUGAAGGUUAAAAUGGGUAGUCUUACCUUUUAACUCCCAUAUGUGGCCGUGAGAGAAUUUCUCAAAAAAUCAAUAUGAUAUCAACUAGACAAGUGAUGAGAAUAAAGAAAAUAUGAAUCAGGGAAUUAUUAGUUGAUCCAAUACCAACUUCUCCAAACUAUCAUUGUUAGAAUUGUAUCGUAGAGAGUGAGGAGAAUUACCAAUGAGAUCUUGGGAAUGGAAGGGUUAAACUUUUACUGUAGAUGCCACUUUUGGAAAGUGGCUUGGUAGGCUGGAUAAUCAUUUGUCGUGUCUUAGAUUUCAACUCAAAUAGUGAGAAGUUAAACAUGGAGUUCAUAAACAGCUUCUGCUUUGGUAUUGGGCCUCAUCUGUUUUUAUGAAAAAUUUAUGCUCUAAUUUUAAAUUAUGUGGUGUGAGUUAAGCCAUGCUUUGAGGUGUUAUGCAUUGGGUAAGUAGUAAGAUUGCUCAGUAACAUUCAAAAUGGUGGCAGCUGAAAAUUAUAUUUGAAGUUUGGGUUACUCUUUGGACUCUCAAAACAUUAAUACUGUCUUAAUUUCUUAAAUAUAUAUAUUUUCUAAUGGUAGGAAUAGAAAUUGUUUGGUCUUUGGAGCAUAAUUGCUCUUUCAUUCAGAGUUACUCUAUAUAGAAACUCAGAGUGAAUAAAUAUUUUUCAAUUUUGUUGUGUACAUUAUGCUUACAUUGUAUAUUUUGUGUGUAUAUGUAAUUUUUGUCUUUUGUCAGCAUUUUAAUUGCUUGUGUAAGCGAGAUCACCGGGAAUUAUUUAUUAAGUAGUUUACUGUUGAUGGACACAUGGAAGUCCACAGCAUAAGGCUAACCAGCCAGUUAAUGUUUGGUCUGUUUUUAGGUUAGUGAAGCUGGGAUUCACCGUCCACAUGUCAGUGGCAUUCAUGGCAGGGAUGGUGAUGGAGCCUACUCUAUUGUGCUGGCUGGUGGAUAUGAAGAUGAUCUGGUGAGUGAGCAGACCUCAGUUUUGAUUAAUUAUCUAAUUGAUUAGUUGUUAUGGUUUAUAGGAAGUUCCUAUUUCACAUCUAAUGAGAUUUCCUCUUUUUGUGACCAUUAUAAAACCUGCAACUUAUCAUAUUGAAAGGUCCAAAUAUAUAAGUGUGGUAAAGGAUCUGGUGAAUCAGUGGACUACAGAUAUAAUAUAUCAUCAAAUUAAUUUGUUGCUUUAACUCAUAGGAAGUGCCCACCCCAUCUAAUGAGAUUUCCUCACUAUUUUCUGACCAAUAUAUUAAACUUACCAGUGAAAUUUCCAAAAAGUAUCUGAUGAGUCUCAGGGCUGAGAGGAAAUGCCAUGUCAUACCAGCCACAAAGCAUUUUUCACAAGUAUUUAUAAAACUUGCAACACUUAAUAAUACUGAAAGGUCAUACCAUAAAAACCAGUGUAUAAGUGACACUCGCAGAUAAUUUGGAAAAAAAGUUCUGAAAAAAAAAUUAAAUCAAAUUCCACAGAUUAAUGAGGUUAAAAACCAUUUUCAUGAUUGAUUUGGAUUUUAAAUUGGAGAAAGUUGUUAUAUCUGGGUGAAAGAGGCUUGACUGACUAGAGAAAGAUCACUACCAUUUUAGGUUAGAUUUUUUUUAAUAUAAGGAGGAUCAUCACAGUUAUAAAUUUAUGUAAGCACAGUAAAUUUAGCUCCACUGAUUCAAUCUUUUUGGGUAGGACAAUGGAGAGGAAUUCUUUUACACUGGAAGUGGUGGUAGAGAUCUUUCUGGAAAUAAAAGAACAGCUGAACAGUCAUGUGAUCAAACAUUAACAAAAAUGAACAGGUAAUGCUAGCAAGAGGGCUCUCUAGAGAAGGCUGAGUUUUUGUCCAAAAUAAGGAACAUAAUGCAUGUAUUGAAUAGGAUAACCUACAUGUAACCCUAAGUAUUAACCUAAAAAGCACAUGUUUCCAAUCUGUUUCAGGGCACUGGCAAAAAAUUGUGCUGCUCCAUUAAAUGAUAAAGAUGGAGCAGAAGCUAAAAACUGGAAAGAAGGAAAAGCUGUGAGGGUGGUAUGGUCUAAAUUUGAUUUUUCCACAACUGUGUGAAAAGUUUCCAAAAAUAAAUGUUUGCUGUUCUUGUUGAGAUUACUUGUAAAAGGGGAGAGUGCUAUAGAGAGAACUUGACACCAGCUCAGGGAACAAUGCUUAUUUCUUAUAACUAUGAAUUAUAACUGUUUUAUUGGGGAAAAAAUAGUGCACAACCAAGAAAUAUGUUGGAUUUUAGCAAAAAAAUCAUGAAAUUUAAAAAGAAACCACAUUUUGACCAGGGGAUGUGAUGAAUUGAUCUCCACAGAUAAGUUGCUGUUAACUAGAUUUUUACUAAUUAGAGGAGAACAAGUGUGGAUGAAUUCAGCCUUUUGCAGGGAUUGAACUAUAAUGGCCAACCUGUAUCUGAAAGGCAACGUGGGAUCAAUCUUCUUUCAAGCCCCACAUUGAGUCAACCUAGUCUUUCUUAAAUUACAGAAUAAUUAAUUGCAGUUAAACUGUGAACAUAACUUCUUCUCUUGUUAGAGUUUUAUCUGAAUUUGUACUCUAUAUAUGACCACAUAACAGGUUAGAAGUGCUAAGCUGGCAAAACACUCCAAACAUGCACCAGCAGAUGGAAAUCGCUAUGAUGGCAUAUAUAAGGUAGUAGACUACCUUAGUAGUAGAUCAUACAUGUUCACAGAAACACUAUAGGGUGUGACGAACUGCAGUCUUGGAAAGAUUUCCAAGCCAUAUGAUCUUUAAAUCUUUAACUUAGUGUUUCUUUCCAUGUGACCCAAAUUUUUGUUUUUACCACAUUUUGAUGUCAUUUGUGGUAUAUUAUUGAACAGACACAUGUCAAUAGGGAAUGUAUUGAUUGAAUAGAUAUAUUUUUUGGCCUUUCAUUUUCAUGUAAUUGCAUUGAACAACUCCUUUGACAGUCUGCAUUUGAUUGACAGGUUGUGAAAUACUGGCCAGAGAAGGGGAAAUCAGGAUUUAUUGUUUGGAGAUACUUGUUACGCAGAGAUGAUGAGGUAGAGAUAGUUUAUGCAUUGAAUGAUAAUAAAAGUUCACUGUGGAUCUUGUAUAGAAUCCCCAACACGAGGAAAAACAAUGUUCCUGUAUAGUCAAUUGAUGCUACAAAGGAUGGAAUUUCCUCUAUUUAACUUUUGUUCAAUAAGGCCAUGCCCAUAAAGUGAUUCCUCACUUCUGCAAAUUCAUUAAACUUGAACAGUUCUUAUGACAAAUUUAUUUAGACCCCAGCACCAUGGACAAAGGAGGGCAAGAAAUUAAUUGAAGAACAUGGCUUGAAGAUGGUGGUAAGUGAACUUUAUAUGCUAAACAUUUUUGUGAUUUUUUCACUAAGCUGAAACAAUGGCCAUUCAUUUUGGGUUUAGAGAGGAAAGCAUAUUUCAUGUUGAUGAUCACUAUUGUGCAGAUACAACUAUGCGAUUCUUGAUAGCUUGAACCUUCAAUGACCAAAAAAUAAUAUUGAGUUAUAAGUUAUAAAAUUAUAUUUAAAAUAUGAUUACCAAGGGACACAAAGUUAACAUGUGUUUUUCAUUAAAGUGAGUUUGAACCAUCAGGAUUCAUGUAUCAAGGUUCUACUUAUAUCUUGUUCAGACUGAAUCUCUUACCAUGAUUGAAUUUUGUCUCUGGUGUGUUCUUCUGACUCAAUUUUCAGUUAUGUUUGAAUUAUAAUUGCUGUUUAGACUAAUAUUUUGUCAAUAUUAUCAGUAUCCUGAAGGAUUUUUGGAGGCACAAGCCAAAAAAGAAGAGGAAAAAAAGAAACAGCAGAAAGAAAAAGAUGAGGAAAAGGAAACAGGGAAAGGAAAGGGGAAAGGCAAGGGUAAAAGGAAACGAGAUAAAGGUUAGUUUAACAUUAUUUAACUGUCAAGCAGUCAAUAGACAAUUUCAGAAACUAAGUAAAUAAAUAAACAAACAGGGCAGAGAACUCUUUUCUGAUUUCAAUGGCCUGUAAAAAAAAUUAUGCUUAACAUAUUCCAGAUAAAUGUAAACUUUUUCUGAACUAUUUUUAAUCUUAAUCACAAAAAUUAAACCAAAACUGUGUGAAGAAAUAAUUUUUAUUCCAAUUUUUUAAAAAAUUUUAUCAUUAUGAGAUUUGUAUAUAUGCUAUUGUUAUAUAUUAUUUUACAUUACAUUAUUGUAAAUAAAGAUGUAAUUCAGUCCACAGCUGUAUCUGUCUAAGCCUUUUAGUGAACUGGAGUUAGGAUAUUCAAUGUUCAUUGUACUUAUUUUCAUGUCUUAACUUUUGUGUCAACUUAUAGCUUGUCUGGAGUUGCUUUCCAGUUGGGGAUGCUUGAAUUUACUUGAAUUUAAAAUAUCUCUAAACAGGGGGGUGAAUUGAUAAGUUACAUAAUUGAUCAAGCAAUCAAUUUAAUUAAAAAAGAUGAAAAGGAGUGGAUGUUUCAAUGAGCAAAUAAGCAAAUAAUGAUAAUCUUGAAUAAGUGUUGCAACAUAAAUGUACACAGCAUUUAUUUGUCAAAACAUUUCUCAUGUGUUGAGAGUUAUUUUCUCUCUUUAAUAUGUAUGUUGCAAGGAAGCUUUCAUAAUCUAAUAUUAACCCUUAAACUCCCACAACUGAUUACUAAGAAUUGUGUAGUUAGACAGUAAGGAGAAUUUCUAGUAAGUGAGAUCUUGAGAGUGAAAGGGUUCAGGGUGAAACUUCAGCUGCAGAGAAUUGUCUUUAGUUUUUCUUCUUUCUCUUUUAUUUGUUCUACUCUUGUCACUUUAACUCCUGUAUUUAAUACUAAGGUGAAGUGAGCCCAACCAAAUCACCUCCAGCAAAGAAAAGAAGCUAUAAGUUGCCAGAAAAGACCAAAGAAUUGCUUGAUGUUGAUACAAUAAACACCAAACUCUGGAGUGAAGUUACCAGUGGAUUACAAGACUACCCUGUUAGUAUUUCUUACAAGCCAUUUGUUAUCAUAUUGAUAGUGUUAUUAAUGAUAGUUAAAGACAUUUUGACAGAUUUGAUUACAAAGAUAAAACUACUAUUGUGAGAGUAGACCUUCAUCAUCAUCAUUCCAUGCCUGUACACUUUUCUCUUUCUGUUGUUUAUUUUGUUAUUUUAUAUUUUGAUGAAGAAGUCGCUACAAAUCUUUAAAUUGAUCCACAGACAUUUGUUCAAAAGGUGGAAGAGGCAUUCACAUGCAUUUGCUGUCAAGACAUUGUAUGUGAACCUAUAACUACAAAAUGUCUUCAUAAUAUCUGUAAGGUAAGUUUUUUCCUUUUUUUUUUUUUACAGCAAGUUAUGUAAAAUAGUUAUUAGUUAUGUACUUAGGUAGUAAUUAAUAUUCCAAGAUUUUGGCUUCCUGCAGUAUUUGUGAAACUCUUAGAAACAUUUAGCACAGAUGAGUCUUGCAAUGGUAGCCCUCUGAGGAAAUCUAAAUGACACCCUAAAACUAAUCUGAGUAAGGUCUUAUCAAGGAGGAAAAAAGCAAGGCUCCAUUCUGUCAGUUAAGAAACCCUCUGUUCCUCUUUACCAGGACUGGAGUGUUAAUGAUUUCUGCCAAAUAUGAUCAUCAAGGAAACCUGUCACAAUUAUUUUAAGGGUUGUAUGUAAUGACCUUAUUCUGUAUCAAGGGAAAGUCAUGAUCAUUUUGGAAUGAUCAAAUAUGGGUGAACUGUGGACAUUUAUCUUCAAACCUUGGACCCCUAAGAGUGACUUGCAUCUAAUUUCUCCUUAAAAUAUCAAUAUCACACACUAUCAUUACAAUAUCACAUUGUUUAAGUCACAAGAGUAAAGGAAAUUAACACCAGCAAAAGAAGCUCUUGAUUGUUAAACAAAUUCUCCUUUCAGCACCUUGAGAAAUGUGCACAGAACAGUAUGAAGAAUAUGCCUAAUGAUUUAAGGGUGGAAAAAGUUAAUGUAAUUUUUUUGUUUUAAAUUCAGCAGCUCUUUAUUCCACAGUCUUAUUGAUUAUUCGAAAAAAAUCCAAUUUCUAUUUUCACAGAGUUGUCUUCAACGCUCCUUUAAGGCAGAGGUUUAUUGUUGUCCAGCUUGUCGCACUGAGCUUGGAAGGAACUACAAAUUCACAGUGAACACAUCUUUAGAUGCAGCUCUCAAUCAUUUGUUCCCUGGUUAUACCAAGGGGCGGUGACCCCCUCCCUCCUUUGGUUGCAUUUGAAAUGCAGCUAAACAAAAUUCACAUGGCUUUUGCAUAUCAUAGACAGUUGUCUUAAACAUGAAAGACUCUACGACCCUUAAGACCCUAAACCUUGAAAACACAACACCUUCAAAAAAAUGGAAUACAAAUUUUCAAGUAUUUUUAUUGUAAGCCCAUACUAAUGCAGGUAAAAAUUGAGAAGGAUGCACUUUCCUUACUUCAUUGUCUCAGUGAUUUCUCCCCUAAAACUUUAUUUCCAUUAAUUUUUUUUUUGGUUUGAAGAAUUAAUACAUGGAACCCUUAGAACCUUGGAGUUCAAAAUGACCUCUAUCAUGAUUCUUUUGGUUGAUUAACCAUAAAUAUUGUUAUUUUGGGGGGUCUUUGUUUUCAAGUUUUUGAGUGUGAUGGGUCCUUGUUUGCAAGACAUACUAUGAAUGACAUUUAUUAACAUUGGAUUAUAUCUUAUCAAGUACAUUGGAAAAAAACUUGAAAAAUACCUAUUUGGAAUUUUGCCUUAUUUAAGAUCAUAACAUGUUGUUCUUUUAAUCAAUAAUAUACUUGACAUUAUAACUGAAUAGUUCCUUAUUAUAUAUUAACUGUAUUUUAUUGAACAUGUUAGAUGCUUGAAGUUGAUAUUAAGUUUGUUCUUUCUCAUGAGAUAUGUACUUGUUGUACUCUUACAUAUUAGAUGUAACAGAAAUUUUUGGUGGAGUUUCAACAAUUAUCCAAGAUUGCAGUAGUUCUUCAUUACUUUGCUCUGUGCUUGUUUUAAAAAAAUUGUGCCACCUCCUCACCCAUUCAGAUGCAACACUAAAAUCAACCAUGAUGAGUUAACCCAUCACAAGCAGUCUUGUUUUUACUUUGAAUUCUCUCAGGUUCCUUGAAAUAUUUUCAUUCAUCCUCACUGGCUGUUGUGAUUACUUUGUUUUUGGUAUUACCACACUCAGUGGAAAGGCAUCCUUCUACACAUAAAUGCAUCUAUGUCUCCAGUGGGUAUUGGCUCAAUAUAGGAGUGAAUUAUGAAGUACACUGUGGAAUUUCUUAACAGAGUGAAUUAUUUCUUGACAGUGAAGCAGCAAAGUCCCACAAUAAAAUUGUAAACCAUUCUAGGCUUCAAUUAUUGUAGAUUGAUAUGAUAUUCUUCAGACAAUGUUGAACAUUUGUUCUCUAUGUUGUGUGCCUUCAGUUUUUAUUAUGAAUGAUGUAAAAUUAUUUUUGAUAUCAUAUUUUAAUAAAGGGC